AUGUCUCUUGUGUCAGCCAUGGCUUCCUCCAGCAGUGUCCUGAGUGAAGAUCAGCUCCAGUGCUCCAUCUGUCUGGAUGUGUUCACUGAUCCAGUCUCGACUCCAUGUGGACACAACUUCUGUAUGAUCUGUCUCACAGAGUUCUGGGACAGCAGUUCACACUGUCAGUGUCCAGUGUGUAAAGAGGAAUUCCCUAAACGACCUCAACUACGUGUGAAUACGUUCAUCUCUGAACUUGCUGCUCCAUUUAAGAAGGCAGUUCAGGUGAAAUCCAGCAGUGCUGCAGAAAAACCCACACAAUCUGUGGUGCUCUGUGACGUCUGCUGUGAAAAGAAAUGUGCAGCCGUGAAGUCCUGCCUGAUCUGUAUGACGUCUUACUGCAAGAUUCACCUAGAACCUCAUGAGAGAGUUUCUUCAUUAAAGAAGCACAAACUGAUGGAUCCUGUGGAGAACCUGGAGGACUACAUCUGCCUGAAGCAUGAGAGACCCCUGGAGCUGUUCUGUAGAGACGACCAGACAUGUGUGUGUCAGUUCUGUACUGAGGGAGACCACAGAACCCAUAACACUGUUCCUAUAGAGGAGGAGAGUGAAGAGAAGAAGACUGAGUUGGGAAAGACACAAGCAGAAGUUCAGCAGAUGAUCCAGGAGCGACUGAAGAAAAUUGAGGAAAUCAGACACUCUGUAGAACUCAAUAAAAAAAACACAGAGAAGGAGAAAGCAGACAGUGUGAAGGUCUUCAGUGCUCUGAUGUGCUGCAUUGAGAGAAGUCAGGCUGAGCUGCUUAUGGUGAUGGAGGAGAAGCAGAAAGCAGCAGAGAUGCAGGCUGAAGAGUUCAUUAAAGAGCUGGAGCAGGAAAUCACUGAGCUAAAGAGGAGAAACACUGAGCUGGAGCAGCUCUCACACACUGAGGAUCACCUCCACCUCCUACAGAUUUACCCGUCACUGUGCAGCCCUCCACACACCCGGGACUGGACUGACGUCACAAUUAACCCUCAUCUGAGUGAGGAGACUCUGAGGAGAGCUCUGUCUCAGCUUCAGGAAACUCUCAGUGAGGAAAUGCAGAAGGUUGAAGAGAUUAAACUGAAGAGAAUUCAACAAUAUGCAGUGGAUGUGACUCUGGAUCCUGAUACAGCUCAUCCUAAACUCAUCCUGUCUGAUGAUGGGAAACAAGUGAAACAUGGAGACAAGAGACAGAAUCUCCCUGAUAACCCAGAGAGGUUUGAUCGUUGUGUCUGUGUGCUGGGAAAGGAGGGAUUCUCCUCAGGGAGAUUUUACUAUGAGGUGCAGGUCAGAGGGAAGACUGAGUGGGAUUUAGGAGUGGCCAGAGAGUCCAUUAACAGGAAAGGGGAGAUUACAGCCAGUCCUAAAGAUGGGUACUGGUGUGUGUGGCUGAAGAAUGAGACUGAAUAUGAGGCUCUGGACUCUCCCUCUGUCCCCCUCUCCUUGAAACAGGCUCCUCAGAAGGUGGGGGUGUUUGUGGAUUAUGAGGAGGGUCUGAUCUCCUUCUAUGAUGUUGAUGCAAAAUCUCACAUCUACUCUUUCACCGAUCAGAAUUUCACUGAGAAACUUUAUCCAUUCUUCUGCCCCAGUCUGAAUUAUGGAGGUAAAAAUUCAGCACCACUGAUCAUCUGCCCUGUUAAUAAGAUCUAAUCAUCGCUUUUAUUACCUCGCCUGGGACGGAUUCCUCCAGGGGGCGAGGUAUCGUUUUCGGUCGUGUUUCUUUUGUUUUUUUGUUCACAAUAUUAUGGGAAAAUGGCUGGAUCAAUCUUCAUGAAACUUUCAGGAUAGAUGGACAUUGGUUUCAAAUAGAACCUCCAACAUUUUGAGGGUCAUCUGGUCAAGGUCACCAAAAAGGUCAAAAUUGUUUUUGUUGUGUCUACUGCCUCAUAUAGAGGCGCUAGCCACUACGCCAUCGUGCUGUAAGAAUGUGAGUGUAAUAGUCGUGCACUGUACUGUACAUGCGCAUGCAUGUGUUCCUAUUAAAAUGUCCGGUGAGUGUAUACAAUUCGGUUCACCAUUCAAAAUAAAUGGACGAGACUAAAGAAAUUGCUUUCAGACAUGUUUAUGCUUAUUACAGAGGGAAAGUGCAUUCCACUGAGCUCUAGCUCAUAAGAGUUUGGGUCAUGGUGACAGCGUGUGUAUGUCAGCCUCGGUUCAGAGGUUUCAGUUUUGAAAACUGUAAGAGGUAAGAGUAGAAUAAUAUAAAGUACAGACACUUGGUAUAUUUUACUUCUGUGAUUUUUAAAUUGUUCAUUUUUGGAUUACGCUUCAUUUUUGUGGCUACUGAUUCACAGAGUAAAUAUAUUGCUGUAUUUACUGUAUGGACAUGGGAUCAGAAAACUGUUUUAUUUAUAAGCAGGAGCCACAUGGACCCAUAGGGGACCUAUUUUUUUUCAUGAUAUCUUCCUUCAUGGGCGGCACGGUGGUGUAGUGGUUAGCGCUGUUGCCUCACAGCAAGAAGGUCCGGGUUCGAGCCCUGUGGCCGGCGAGGGCCUUUCUGUGCGGAGUUUGCAUGUUCUCCCCGUGUCCGCGUGGGUUUCCUCCGGGUGCUCCGGUUUCCCCCACAGUCCAAAGACAUGCAGGUUAGGUUAACUGGUGACUCUAAAUUGACCGUACAGGUAGGUGUGAAUGUGAGUGUGAAUGGUUGUCUGUGUCUAUGUGUCAGCCCUGUGAUGACCUGGCGACUUGUCCAGGGUGUACCCCGCCUUUCGCCCGUAGUCAGCUGGGAUAGGCUCCAGCUUGCCUGUGACCCUGUAGAAGGAUAAAGCGGCUAGAGAUAAUGAGAUGAUGAGAGGUAGGUGUGAAUGUGAGUGUGAAUGGUUGUCUGUGUCUAUGUUUCAGCCCUGUGAUGACCUGGCAACUUGUCCAGGGUGUACCCCGCCUUUCGCCCGUAGUCAGCUGGGAUAGGAUCCAGCUUGCCUGCGACCCUGUAGAACAGGAUAAAGCGGCUAGAGAUAAUGAGAUGAGAUGAGCUCUUCCUUCAUAUUUAUCAUAAAUGCUACCGGGCGAGGUUUGUUUUGCCUGGCAACACUUGUUUUAUUUUAGUGUUCAUGCUGUCUUGCAUCAGAUGGAAUUGUUCCAAGCUUUAAAUGCUGUUACAUCUCAUUUCAAAUGGUAUAUAUUUUGCUGGGGGGGUUUUUUCCUGCCAAAAUAUUCUGUUGGGCAUCAUGGCAGGCCAUUCAUUUUAUUUCUGAAAUCUUUCUGUUGCAUUUUUUUUUUAAUUAUCUCAUGGUUUAAAGGAGACAGUUUUGAACAUCAUGGCAGUGUUAAUCAUGGACACAAAGACACAAAUCAUACCCAUACAUACAGUAUAAUAUGGAGUUAACCUUUCUCAAAGGAUAUGGAAUGAAAAUAUGUUUUGACUUUUGAACAAUCUUCACAGAAGCAUGAAUCAUUCUCUUAGCAUUAAUAAUUCUCUCUAAACGCAGUAAUUGUUUGUUUGCUGUGGGAUAAAACACAUGUUCUUAUUGGAAAAUAAACUUCAGGGUGGUAACAGUGGCUCCGCUUCAUGACAUCAGCUCAACACCAAGUGUUUUAUUCCCUGCUUAGAUCAUUAAAGCAGAUAUAAUUCUUUAUUAUGUUUUUAAUUGAGAGCUGCAUUUUCAAUGUGAAUUAAAUAAAUGAAGUCUUUAAAAUAAUCCUGAGAUUUGCAUGUUGAGUUCCGAGUUGUCCGCAGUUGUUUGGUGAGACAGGAAUCAGAUAAAAAAAUUUAUUUUAACUGAAGAACAGGUUUUUGAAAAUGUCACACGAACACAAUGUGAAAUGCAGGAACAUAAGUGUUACAUAGCCAGAUCAUCCCCAGAAUACCAAAUGCCGACCGAGACGCGACAAAAACAAAGGGAUACAAAGCUAACCUACCUAUCAAAGUUGAAGGAUUUUUAGCUCGGACCUGGAUGUAACUUUCCCUCUCAUGUCUGCGUUAAACAUGAACUUGUAUCUAUAUCAGGAAUGUGUGUCGUGAUGUUUCCCACUAAAGUUGUGAAAGCCACAGGAGAGCAGCUUACCGCAAACGUGCUCUGGGACAGCCCAGUCCUCUCUCUCAAGAGUGGCCAGACAAAGCUCCAGUGGUUCUCACCGUUCAAGUUUUAUUUAUGAAGACGACGAUAAUCCAAAACAAAAAGGUCCAAGACAAACCAAAGUCCUCAGAGGCUACUUCUAGAUGCAUGCAGUCAGCUAACAGCAGAAAAUCACUAAUGUCAGCCAUUUCAUGUUUGAUAAUGUUAUGCACGCAUUUCAGAAUUAUAGAAACAGAAUAACUGUUGUGUUUGAGUGUUUUAAGAUAAAGUAACGCAAGGACUAUCAGAUGU